AGUGACUACUCCAGUGACUACUCUGACUGGACGGCAGAUGCAGGGAUCAACCUGGAACCACCAAAGAAGAAGAGCACCAGCUCUGAGGAGGAUGGAGAGAAGACGAAGAGGGAGGGAAAGAGAGACAGGAAAAAAGACAAAGACGGAGCGCUACCGAAGGAGAAGCCAAAGGAGAAGAGGAAGAGGGCAGGGUUUCAGGAGGCGGGGUUAUCUCUGGAGGAGUGGCUACCGUCAGCCUGGAUCACAGACACAGUCCCCCGGAGAUGUCCCUAUAUACCACAGAUGGGAGACGAGGUGUACUACUUCCGUCAGGGCCAUGAGGCGUAUGUGGAGAUGACCAAACAGAACAAGAUCUACAGCAUCAACCCCAAGAAACAACCCUGGCACAAGAUGGAGCUACGGGAGCAGGAACUGGUGAAGAUAGUAGGGCUAAAAUAUGAGGUUGGUCUCCCCUCUCUCUGCUGCCUCAAACUGGCCUUCCUGGACCCUGAUACUGGCAGGCUGACUGGAGGCUCCUUCUCCAUGAAGUACCAUGACAUGCCCGAUGUGAUUGACUUCCUGGUCCUACGGCAGCAGUUUGAUGAUGCGAGAGACCGCCACUGGACCAUAGGUGACAGGUUCAGGUCAGUGAUAGAUGAUGCCUGGUGGUUCGGGACCAUCGAGGACCAGGAGCCUUUCCAGCCUGAGUAUCCAGACAGCCUGUUCCAGUGCUACAAUGUUUGCUGGGAUAACGGUGACACGGAGAAGAUGAGUCCCUGGGACAUGGAGCCCAUCCCCAACGAGGUAGUGUUCCCAGAGGAGCUGGGUCAGAGUGUUCCUCUAACGGACGCGGAGCAGAGAGCGCUGCUGUACGUUCCCCUGGAGGGGGAGUGGGGCGCCGCCAACAGGAACCACGAGUGUCAACGCAUCGUCAACGCCAUCGACCAGCUCACCACGCUUGAUGUAGCUGUGCCGUUUGCCUUGCCAGUAGAUCUCCAGGCGUAUCCUACCUACUGUACUGUAGUCGCCUACCUCACAGACCUCAGCACCAUACGAUCCAGGCUGGAGAACCGCUUCUACAGGCGUAUGUCAUCGUUGAUGUGGGAGGUGCGUUAUAUUGAACACAACGCUCAAACCUUUAAUGAAACAGGAGCCUUCAUCGUUAAAACGGCCAAGUUCGUCUCUGACCUCAUGCUCAGCUUCAUCAAGGACCAAACUCUGACUGACAUCAUUCCUCUCUACAACUCCAUGAAGAAGGCUGCAUUCUCUGACACAGAGGACGAGGAUGAUGAAGAUGGGGAGGAAGAUGCUGAUGCUCCUGCAACGUCCACACGGAACAAGAAGGGUCGUGGUGGUCUGCAGCAGUGUGGGGGUGUGAGGCGAGGUCGUCCCCGGUCCUUUGACCCCCAGGCCUGGCGGGGGCGCUGCAGGGAUCUGCUAGACCUGCUGUUCCAGUGUGAAGACUCUGAACCCUUCAGACAGCCUGUCGACCUGGAGCAGUACCCAGACUACCUGGACAUUGUGGAAAUGCCCAUGGACUUUGGGACGGUACGGAGCAUGCUCAGUACGGGGGAGUACACCUCUCCUCUGGAGCUCUGCCAGGACGUCCGGCUCAUCUUCAGCAACUCUAAAGCUUACACACCCAGCAAGAAGUCCCGGAUCUACAGUAUGAGUCUGCGUCUGUCUGCGUUGUUUGAGGAACACGUCAGCUCCAUCCUGGCUGACUACAAGGCCGUCCACGGACAGACGGACACAAAGACCCGGCACAGGCCGGACAGACAGACAAGACGUGGGGCGGACAGACCAGCAGACAGACAGACGAGACGUGGGGUGGACAGACCGACGAGACACAGUGUGGACAGACCAGCAGACAGACAGACGAGACGUGGGGCGGACAGACCAGCAGACAGACAGACGAGACGUGGGGUGGACAGACCAGCAGACAGACCGACGAGACGUGGGGUGGACAGACCGACGAGACACAGUGUGGACAGACCAGCAGACAGACAGACGAGACGUGGGGUGAAGAGGAGAAGGAGUGACUCUCCCUCCAGCAGCACAGCCUCAAGCCCAGAGUGGAAGAGGCGUGUGUCAUUGAGGGGCGUGUCUAGACCAGACUCCUCAGCCCCUCCCCUGGCUCCAGCUGCAGCCCCCCUGCGCCCCCCCUCCCUGAGACAGAACCUCCCCCUUGUCAAUGGGAGGGUGGAGCCACAGACCCCUGGACGAACACGCAUCACAAGGACACACACAACCUCCACAGCAGACACACACAGCACAGCAGUAGAGUCAUCUUACUGGUCGUUGCGUGGUCAUAACUCCGGUUCAUCUCCCGGUGUUGCUGAGCGUUCUAGACUGUCCCUGAGAACCGACGGCAGCGGAGGGAGCAUGCGGCGGAAACUAAGGACCCCCGUACGACACACACCCGCGUCCCCUCGUAGCCUCUCCCCCCAGGCUACGGUCCACGUGAAUGGUCACAGUAGUCAGGUGAAAGUGGACGUGCCCACAGGGCGUAGAGGUCAGAGACCUAGAGCGGUGACUCCUGACCCCAGCCCCGCCCCCAGGGGUCGCCCACCUGGCAGGAAGAGAGGCAGGAAGUCCAAACAGGAAGUAGAGGUCAUGAGGAGGAGGGGCCUCUGUCCAAGCCCCACCCCCGAGGACGAGUUUGACCAAUCCACGGGCGACGAGGGCGGGACUUCAUCCUCUGCCCAGGACAUAGGUGCGGGACUUCCAGGAACGCUGUGCCGACGCGGUAGACCGAGACUCAUUAGGACAGAAGAAGUCCCUCCCCCUUCUAGCCCUGACCCCUCCCCUUCCCCUCUGAGGAGGAGCAGUCGGCGAAUCAAUGACGAGACCACUCCCCCCGCCCAGUCUCUGCACCAAUCGCGGCGUGUGAGGGAGUCUCCAGUGGACAACGAAAACGUCAAUGUAAAGGAAGGGGAGGAGCCGGGACAGGAAGGGGAGGGGUCGGCGGGUUCGAUGCGUACGCGUAACCAGGGGCGACGGACGGCAUGCUACACGGAGGAGGAGGAGGAGGAGGAGCUGGAGGAGGAGGGGGAGGGACAGCUCCUGUUUGAAGACUCCUCCCUCACCUUCGGCACUUCUUCCAAGGGGCGUGUCCGCAAGCUCACAGAGAAGGCCAAGGCCAACCUCAUCGGCUGGUAACCACU